UUAACAAAAGUAAAAAAAUGGCAGGAAAAGACUGGAUUAUAGCCUUCAAGAAGCGUCACGGACUUACACUUAGGCAACCUGAAAAAACUAGUCUUGCCAGGGCGGCGGGUUUUAACAAAGUGCAAGUCGGGAGAUUUUUUGACAAUCUUAAAAGUUUAAUUACAACCCAUAAAUUUGAACGAGCUCAAAUUUAUAACAUGGAUGAAACCGGGCUUCUCACGGUUCCGAAUAAAAUGCCUAAAGUACUAACUAGCAAAGGGAAGAAAUCUGUUGGAAAAAUUGUUUCCGCGGAAAGAGGUACUUUAGUUACAGCUGUGUGCUGUGUCAGUGCAGCAGGUCAUUAUAUACCUCCCGCAUUAAUCUUUCCAAGAAAAAGAGAGAAACAAGAACUGCUUGAUGGCGCUCCUGCAGGAUCGAUAUUGAUGGUAUCAGAUUCCGGCUUUAUUAAUACCGAUUUAUUCCUAAAGUGGCUUAAGCACUUCAAAUCAUCUGCCAAAGCUUCACUAGAAUCAAAUCAUGUUUUGCUAACUCUCGAUAAUCAUAGUUCACAUAUAAGCUUGGAAGCAAUUUUGUUCUGCAGAGAAAACGGGAUACAUCUACUGAGCCUUCCGCCGCAUAGCAGCCAUAAGCUGCAGCCUUUGGAUGUUUGCUUUUUUCAGCCACUGAAAACUAGCUACAGUGUUGAAGUUGACAAAUGGCAUGUCAAUCAUCCAGGAAGACCCAUUACGAUUUACCAGGUGUCGUCAUUAUUUGGCGCUGCAUAUAAUCGAAUUGCCAACUUAGAAAAAGCACAUAAAGCAUUUUCAUGUACUGGCAUUUACCCCUUCAACCCUGAGGUAUUUUCUGAAGAGGACUUCAUGGGAGCAACAGUAACCGAACGUCCAAUCAAUGAGACCUUCAAUGAAGUAGUGGAUCCUAAUGAUGCAGUGUCACCUGCAGUUUCAUCAGCAAUAUCACCAGAUAAACAGAUAAAUAUUAUUGAAAAUGUUUCCAUAUCAUUUGAAGAUUCAGAAAUAAGAAAUAUGUUGCUUAGUGCAAAACCAAAUUAUCCUGUUGUUUUAGCAUCUGCUAACAAUCCGGAUAUUGCUAUUUCCUGUCAAGAAAAUACUGAACUUAAUACAAAUGGUGAAAUAGAACCUGACAGUGUAGUUCAUGCAGAAGAUGGAAACGAAAACAAAGGUGGUAAUGAUGAAAAUAGUUGUAGAGCAAUAGAGAUUGAAAAAGCAGUUGAGGAAGAUCAGAUAGAAAAAAUUAUUCCAAUCCCAAAAUGCAAUAGAGAAAAGAAAGCAAGUAAAGGAAAAAAAUCAGAGAUAUUAACUAGCACACCAUAUAAAGAAGAGGUCGAAAACUGCAACGAAAAACGAGUUGCCAGAAAGAUUCCCAAAACAACAAAAAGGAAAAUUUUGUGCGAAGAAACUGAAAAUAAGAACAAGCCGAAAAACACAAAGACUGCAAAGAAUAAUAAAGAAAACCCAAAAAGUAACUCAUCAAAAAGCAAAAGUCAAAAAAAGAACAAUGAGAAUUCCACAAACAAAAACCAAGUUGAGGAAGAUGCUGGAAUUUGUCCAGGCUGUGGCGAUACCUAUUCUGACCCACCUGAAUUAGAUCUGAUUCAGUGUACCCUUUGUUUAGAAUGGUGGCACGAAGUUUGUACAGCGUAUACAACUGGUGAAUUUCAGUGCGAUGUGUGUUUAUAA